ACGAAGCCGCCUCUGACGUGGGACGACGGGCUGUCGUGCCCGCCUUCGCCCGGUCUAUAGCCGAAAGAGUGGGAGGGGACGACGCUGGGUGGCGUGGCUGCUGCGGGGGGAGACUUUCGGUGCUGAUAUGUCGAAUAUGAGUGAACUUACAAGGUUAUUGAACAAGGCAGAAUGAGCAGGUUCCUGCUUUCUAUCUCCUCGAUCCUGCUGUGCUGCUUCUGGACCACACGGGCGGAGAUCUUUACAUCCAUUGGCCAAAUGACAGACCUGAUCUACACAGAAAAGGAGCUGGUUCAGUCUCUGAGGGAGUACAUCAAAGCAGAGGAGUCCAAGCUGGCUGCUGUCAAAAGCUGGGCCAGCAAACUUGAUGCUGUGACCAGAAUGUCCACCGCUGACCCAGAGGGCUACCUGGCUCACCCUGUGAACGCCUAUAAACUGAUGAAGAGACUUAACACAGAGUGGUCUGAAGUGGAGAGCCUGGUUCUUCAGAACCCUGCUGAUGGGUUUGUCUCCAACAUGUCCGUACACAGGCAAUAUUUCCCAGAUCAGGAAGAUGAAACGGGGGCGGCCAAGGCACUGAUGCGUCUGCAGGACACGUACCAACUGGAUUCUGAAGCCUUCUCCAAAGGAAAGCUGCCAGGUGUGCACGCCAAUGCCGUAUUGACAGUGGACGACUGCUUCGACAUGGGAAAGACUGCUUAUAACGAUGUAGAUUAUUACCAUGCUGUGCUGUGGCUGCAGCAGGCCUUGAAACAGCUGGAUGAUGGUGAGGAAGCUGUGGUUUCCAAGGCAGACAUUCUGGACUACCUCAGCUACUCUGUUUACCAAAUGGGUGACCUGCCUCGAGCCAUUGAACUGACGCGGCGGCUGGUAGCUAUUGAUCCCACCCACCAGAGGGCAGGAGGAAACCUCCGUUAUUUUGAGCAACUACUGAUGAAGCAGCUCCGUGAAAUGAACCAAUCUUACCAGCCUCCAUCUGAGGAGCCCAUUCAGCUGGGAACCUACAGUAGACCUAAAGACCAUCUCCCAGAGAGAGAUGCCUAUGAGGCUCUGUGCAGAGGAGAGGGGAUACAAAUGAAUGAAGGAAGGAGGAGUCGUUUGUUUUGUCGCUACCAAGAUGGUAAAAGGAACCCUCGUCUUCUGCUGAAGCCCAUUAAAGAAGAGGAUGAGUGGGACAGCCCCCACAUUGUGCGCUAUCUGGAUAUGUUGUCAGAUGAGGAGAUGGAGAAGAUCAAAGAGCUGGCAAAACCCAGGCUUGCGAGAGCCACUGUCCGUGACCCCAAAACAGGUGUCCUGACCACAGCCAACUACAGAGUCUCAAAAAGUGCUUGGCUAGAAGCAGAGGAUGAUCCCGUCAUUGAAAGAGUCAAUCAGAGAAUAGGAGACAUCACUGGCCUCACAGUAGAAACUGCAGAGUUACUGCAGGUUGCAAACUAUGGAGUGGGAGGACAGUAUGAGCCACAUUUCGACUUCUCCAGGAAAGAUGAGCCAGAUGCUUUCAAAAGAUUAGGCACUGGAAAUCGUGUGGCAACUGUUUUAAACUACAUGAGUGAUGUUGAGGCUGGAGGUGCCACAGUCUUCCCUGACUUUGGAGCAGCAAUCCGGCCCAGAAAGGGGACAUCAGUGUUCUGGUAUAAUUUGUUCAAGAGUGGGGAGGGAGACUAUAGGACCAGACAUGCAGCCUGUCCUGUCCUAGUAGGAAGCAAAUGGGUCUCAAAUAAGUGGAUUCAUGAGCGAGGUCAAGAGUUCAGAAGACCCUGUGGCCUGACAGAAGUGGACUGAGCCUGACUCCAUACCUACACAGCACUCCACGCUAUCUUCUAUUGAUAGAUCCCUUUAGGCUGAAGAUGUAAAAUAUUAUUAACAUGCAUUCUGUUUUGUGUACUGACUCACCAGCAGUGCCAAAGUGAGAUGAUGUGUGUGUCCACCCUUCAGUUUGUCUGCCUGUUCACAGAAGAGGAUGAUUUUUGCAAGUUUUGGUGGCUGGUUCAAGUUGUUUAGUUUUUUUUUUUGUUUUUUUUUUCCUCAGCAACAAUUUCUGUCUUCACAGGGAAACCUAAAUCCCACUACUGUGAUAUUUUUUUUUUAAACUGAAGAUGAACUCAUUUCUUUGUUGUGCAGGGUCACACCACCCAACCAUCAUUAAAUGGGCAAUUUAAAUUAAGACUGAAACAAACUGGGUUCUGAAAAUGGAAUUAAAAAAUAAUAAUUAAAAAACAUUGAAAAACA